CCGCUUCACCUUCACAAGAAGUACAAGCAAAUUCUCAAAGCAGAGCUCAGAUUGAAGCAGGGAGAGUAGCUUUAAUCUGAUAAAAUUUUCUACAAAUCUCUGCCACCGAUCACCAAAGCUUAUGGGACUAUUUGUGUAGUGGCUAAUGUUGCUUUCCAUUUGGGACCAUAUCGACUUGAACAUAUUGCAUUUCUCCACAAAUUAGUAAUUUCAGACUUUCAGGUGUGGAGGCUUCUUACAAAUUUCUUUUUCCUUGGAAACUUUUCUGUAAAUUUUGGAAUUCGUCUCCUCAUGAUAGCUAGAUAUGGAGUUCAGCUGGAGAAGGGGCCGUUUGAAAGGUGGACAGCAGAUUUUCUGUGGAUGAUGAUUGUUGGAGCUCUUUCAUUGCUGGCUUUUUAUCUACCAUGGGCAAUGCUUGCUUUGGAUGUUUUAUUUGGUUCCCCUCUUAAGCCGGACCUUAUGGGGAUAAUUGCCGGGCACAUAUACUACUUCUUGACAGUGCUGCAACCUCUUGCUGGGGGAAGAAACAUUUUAGCAACUCCAACAUGGGUGCAUAAACUUGUUGAAGGUGGAAGACUUGGGGACCCUACAAAUGCCCAUGUCCAACAAGAUAGGGCAACCGGCGUGGCAUUUAGAGGUAGGAGUUAGAAUUCAUCCCCUGGUGAAGGCUUUUCUUUCAGGAGACUCUGGUCAUCUUGAAGAAUCUAAUUAUUGGAAGCUGCAAAUGCUUUAGCAAUAAUACAGAUUUCUUAGACUGUAUAGCAUGUUUUUGUCAAAAGGGUUAGAUCUUGAGGAACGAGGACAAAUCUGAUUUGAUUAUGUUUACAUGGCUAUCACGAAUAUUACCUUUAUGUAAAAAUUAAUAAUGAGAAUGACCCUUCGGCUAGAUGGUCAUGUACCCCAAACUCAAAUUCAAUAAGUUGAUUUGGGAGCUCUCCCUUUGAA